AGAACACACAACAAAAGUAUUUAAUGGAUUUCAAGUGUCAGUGACUCGAUAUUUAUAUAUGUAUAUAUAUAUAUAGAGAGAUAUAUAUAUUAACUCAAAAACUAUAGACAACACACAAAAAGAGCAGCAAAAGGCUAAAUAUAAACACACGCGCUCCGCUGUAUAAUCAGUCAAUAGCAACUGGUGAUAAUAAAAGAACUUACAACAACAACAGCAAGAACAACAGCAACAGCAAACAGCUUAAAGUUAAACAAAAGAGAGGCAACAGAAGACGUUAAUCGUGUUGAUAUCAUUCGAGUAUUUCUGCCUAAUUACACGAUUCACCAAAUGGCUGCCUAUCUGGAUCCCACUGGCCAAUAUUGAGCAACGAUCUUAGGAAGCAUUUCUCAGCCGUUUAAGUUACAUCAAUCUUGAAAUAUGGCUGCCUAUCUGGAUCCCACGGGUCAAUAUUAAGCAAGAGCUAACAAAAAACACAAAAAAAAACGAAAUAUAAAUUUGUAAUUGAGAAAGAAUUUGAAAUAUAUUGCAAAAUGUCGCUGGCUUUGGACCCCACUGGCACCUACUAGGCUCAGUUGACAGUCUGGUCACACUUUUCGCAAGCAAAGUAGAAGAAGAAGCAGCAACAGCAGCACCAACAUGUUCGAUCUGGAUCCCACGGGCACCUAUCGUCGGCCGCGUGAGUCGCGUGACACGCGCCACAAGCAGCGCCAGCAACUGGACCCCACCGGGCAGUACUAGGGCCCAGCCACGCCCACAUAUCCACACCGCCGUUGCCUUAUCCACACAAAAAAAAAACAAACAAAAAUAAUAAAACAA